UCAUCGCUAGCCCCUGGCGACAUGCUGCUAGUGUGAACGGGGUUUACGAAACGCGGCGCGACUGAAAGGAAGUAACUCACACAGAGAAUAUUUCAACCCAUAUCUAGACGGAGGACAACACAAGAGUUACAAAUUCUGACGAUGGAUGAACAUCCAGAAAACGAUCAGGGUCAACAGCCGAGAGGACGAAGAGGAGUAAAGAUACUUGGUGGAAGGAUACAGAGGCAAAACAGAGGAAGAAGCAGAAAAGGCCAAGAACAGAGGGUGUGGCCAAAGGUUUCAGUGGUGCUUUGUCGUCAUUGCAAGAUUUCAGAUGCAACCCAGUCAGUUCUUCGAAGGCACCAAACACUGGCUCGUGACCAGACCGCUCCCCUGCAACUACAUACUGUGUGUACUUUGAAGACUAGAAGUUUAUUGUUUUCAUUCCAGGUCACCGUAGCCAUCAGAUCCAGUCUGAAUUCAGAUCAGAUGGUGGAUCAGAACCUAGAAAUGACCUCGGCAGCCCUGAAUGUCAGCGGAGACCAUGGCCGUUUCUCAAUAUGCGUUCUUGUCUGUACUUGUGUUCUUGUGGACCAGUCGUCACCAGUCGUUGCCCAAGUACUGUUCCAAUUCAAAGUUCACAUCGAGCCAAGUACAGUUCAAAUCCCCGGAUGUGUUCUUGCUCCGCCCCCUUUAUCAAGGAACUUGAGGCAGCCAGGUAUCCCAGAAUGCAUUUCGCACCAAUCAGCGAGCGUAGAAUGUAGUUGUUUAAAACUCAAAUCUGCGGUUUAUUUGUAAAGUUAGCGCCUAUUUGAAAAUUAGUUUCGCCGAUUUCGGAGACGUGAGCUCCACGCGAUCACCAGGCGCUCAGUGCUCAUGUAUCCGCCGAGAGCAGGCUCACCGCGGCUAGUGCUUCUGACAUUUGCCGCUGGCUCUGGUGUCUCUGUAGUGGUUAAACAUGAGGUAAAAUUUGUUUUGGGUAAA